AUGACUCCUCAUCAGUCUGUCAAAAAACCGAAAGCGAGGAAAAGAAAAACCCAGAUCGAGUAUCAACACUCGUCCUGCACCGUGAGCUUAUCGAUUCUCAUUCAGACGCUUUCGAAAUGUCCUCCCCAAGCGUUCGUGACCCCGUCCAGAGAAACCCUGGUACCCCCACAAGUCUCGCAAGGGUUCCGGUUCCAGCGCCGCGUCCUCAAGGCCGGAGAUCGCCACCCCCAAGAACAAGAAGACCCCCGCAAGCUACAGACCAAAACGCCCAAGCCUGUCGAGGAAGACGUUGACGACGAGAAGCCUCCAACCCCAUCUCCCCAGCCGAAGAAGAAGAAGUCCCAGCCGGAACCCGAGCCCGAGUCCGAGCAGCCUGAGGAAUCGCCUGCUCCGGAAGACAACCAGGACGAGCCAGAGGAGCAAGAGGAAGAAGAGGAGGCACCCCCUGCCGAACCGAAGAAGAAGUCCAAGCCCGAGGCUGAGCAGAGGGGCAUUUCGUCCCCCGUCCCGGAUGAUGUCCAGUCGCAGGCAUCCGGCUCUGCAAGCCGCAGCGGCAAGGCCUCGGACUUGGCAGGCGCAGCAAAGGAUCUUGGUGGUAAGGUGAAGGAUACCGCGCAGGAUGUCGGAGAGGAAGCCAAGAAGAAUGUUCCGUCUACCCCCCUUGACCUGUCCGCCUUGAAGGGCCUUGAGGUUGGUGAAGGUGGUCAGGUCCUUGGCAAGGAUGGAAACCCCCUGGGACGGGUCGUGGAAGGCGAGCCUGAGGAUCUCGUUGGCCAGGAAGUGGGUGACGACGGGGAGAUCCUUGAUGAAGACGGUGAUCUCAUUGGCCGUGUCGAACUCUUGCCUGAUGCAGCGCAAACUGUCACAGACAAGGCGAAGGAAGACCUUCCUUCCGACGAAGCGCAGAAUGUUACUGACAAGGCGAACGAGAAUCUGCCUUCUACCCACCUCGAUCUAUCCGUCCUAAAGGGCCUUGAGGUCUGUGAAGGUGGUCAGGUCCUCGGCAAGGAUGGCAACCCUCUGGGACAGGUCGUGGAAGGUGAACCCGAAGAUCUUGUCGGCCAGGAAGUGGGUGAUGACGGAGAGAUCCUUGACGAAGACGGUGAUCUCAUUGGUCGCGUGGAGCUUCUGCCUGACGCUGCGCAGAAUCUCACCGACAAGGCGAAGGAUGUUCCAGAACAGGCUGAGGAUGCUGCCUCGCAAGCGAAGGACACCGCAGACGAGACUGCCGAUCAAGCCAAGGAUAAGGCCGAAGAGACUGUUGACCAGGCUGAGGACAAGGCGGAAGAAACGACUGAACAAGCCAAGAAUGCCGUGACUGAUCUCGCCGACCUUGAUGGUCUUCCCGUCUCAGAAGAAGGACUCAUCAAGAACAAGGACGGCCAGGCCAUCGGCAAAGUCGCCGAGGGAGACCCGGAGGAUCUUGUUGGCUAUACCGUGAACGACAAGGGAGAGAUCGUCGACGAAGAAGGCGACCUCAUCGGCCGAGUGGAACCCUUGCCACAAGAAGACCAGGAUGUUACUGACAAGGCUGGUGAGAUGCCCGAGCAGGCCGACGACGCUGCGGAACAGGCCAAGGAUAAGGCCGAAGAGACGACCGAAGAGGCCAAGGAUGACAAGUCCGGCGAAGUCGUCGCAAAGAUCGCCGAGGGCGACCCAGAGGAUCUUGUCGGCUACACUCUGAACAAGGAAGGCGAGGUCCUGGAUGAGGAUGGCGAUCCGGUCGGCCGCGCUGAAAUUGUCUCCCAAAAAGCCAAGGACGCCACAGACGAGGUCGACGACACUGAGAAAUUGGCCCCUGAAGACCAGAGCACCCAAGAGGACGUCGCAAAGCAAGCAGUUGAAAGCGUCCAGCAGCAAGACGUCGAUGACACAGCAGAGAAGGCCGAGACCGCAGUUGAUGACAACAAGGAAGAGACCGAGGAACAACUGCCACCACUCUCCUCACUUGAAGGCAUGAAGUGUACCAAAUCAGGCAAGAUCGUCGACCCGAACACUGGCAAGCCAGUCGGUGAGCUCGUCGAAGGCGACGCAAAGAAGAUCUCCCGCAUGGGUGCUCAAUUGGACGACAAGGGCCAGUUCUGGGACAACCGUGGUAACGUUAUCGGCAAGGCCAAGACCCUUCCUGUUGAAGAUUACGAGGGCGAGCCACCGUUCGCUGGCCUGGAAGGUCUUCACGUUGUUGAGGACGGAUGGGUUGAAGACGAGAAUGGCAAGCGAGUCGGCAAGAUCGUUCAAGGAGAUCCGAAGAAGCUGCUUGGACGUGCGGUCGACGAAGACGGCGAUAUUACCGACAAGAACGGCAAUGUCAUCGCACAGGCUGAAUACUACGAAUCCCCCGACGAGCCGGAGCCCGAGAAACCCGAUCUUUCUCAGCUGAACGGCCUGAAGCCCAACAAGCUGGGAUUUGUUAUUGGUCCAAACGGCGUGCCCAUUGCUCGUGUUGUAGAGGGGAAUCCAAAGGAGCUGGCCGGCAAAGAGAUUGAUGACGGCCAGAUCUGGGACGGCCGCAAACCCAUUGGACGCGUGGAGCUCAUCCCCGAAGAGGAGCGUGAAAAGAAGCCCGAAGGCGUGUUUGCCGGCCUUGACAACCUUAUCGUCAAUAAGGAAGGCUUCGUCGAAGAUGAUGAAGGCAACAUUGUCGGCAAAGUGACCGAGGGCGACCCCAAGAAGCUCCGGGGCCGCGCCGUCGAUGAAGACGGAGACAUCGUCGACAAGUUCGGCAACGUCAAAGGGCACGCUGAGCCUUACGAGCCGGAAGAAGAGGAGGAAGAGAAGCCGGAUCUGUCUGUUUUGGAGGGAAAGACGGUCAACAAGGCUGGCAACGUCGUCGACGCGCAGGGCAACAUCUACGGACGUAUCGUUUCCGGAGAUGGUAAGCGCCUUGCUGGCAGAAAGGUGGACGGCCAGGGUCAAAUCUGGGGCGACAAUGGGAAAGUCAUCGGCAGAGCAGAGCUCGUCCCGGGUGCGGAGCAGGAGAAGCCCGAGGGACAGUUCUACGGAUUUGAUAACGCGGAAGUUGGCAAAGACGGUGUUGUCGUGGCCGGCGGCCGUGUCAUCGGCCGUGUCAUCGAAGGCGAUGCCAAACGACUUCUUGGUCGAAAGGUCGACGAAGACGGAGACAUUCUCGACAAGAAUGGCAACACCAUCGGCAAGGCUGAACGCUGGGAGCCAGAAGAGAAGAAGCGUGAUGUCAACCCCAUGUCCGGCCGAAAGGUCAACAAAGAGGGCGAGGUCCGCGACGCUGACGGUAACCUCAUUGGUAAAUUGACGUCGGGCAAUCUGCCAACCCUAGUCGGCAAGUCGAUCGACGACAACGGCUAUGUUGUCGAUAACGACGGAAACAAGCUGGGCGAGUGUACCCUGCUCGAGAACCUGCCGGAGGAGAAGGGAGAGGAACCGGAACCAGGUCCCACCGAAGAGGAGUCGGAGGCCCAGAAGAAGGCGGAGCAAGACAGAGACCUGGCGAAGAAGAUGGCUGGUAUCAUCGGACAGACUCUCGAUCGUCUUCAGCCUACCUGCAAGAGAAUCGCCGAGCUGCUGGAGAGAGCUGAUCGCACACCACGCGACGAACUGGACGAAGAGAAGCUAGUCAAGGAAGUCCGACCCCUGAUCGAAGAGGGCGGCCAGGUCCUCCAGGAAUGCAACGGAGCCAUCCGGGCUCUGGAUCCUGAUGGCUCGAUUGCUUCCACUGCCAAGGCUCGCGCUGCAUCCCACGAAGCAACUCCCGAGGAGUACGCACUCGCUGAGAAGAUCAAGGAGCUGAGCGAGCUUGUGAUGACCACGAUCGAGAACGGCCGCAAGAGGAUCGCAGACAUGCCUCAUGCAAAGAAGAAGAUCAAUCCUCUGUGGGCUCUGCUCAGCGAGCCUCUCUUCCAAAUCAUCGCCGCUGUUGGUCUGCUUCUUAGCGGUGUGUUGGGCCUGGUAGGUCGUCUGCUCGACACUCUUGGAUUGGGUCCUCUCCUAAACGGUCUGCUGGGUGGACUGGGUCUCGAUAAGCUCCUUGGUGGCUUGGGACUGUCUUCUUUAACGGAUUCUUUAGGAAUAACCGGAAGGAAGAAGGACUAAGGAAGAUUGAAUUGAUGUGCUAUUGAUGAGCUGGAGGUUGAAUUUGAGCACUUUACUGAUUUUCUGCCAUCGAAGUUGAUCACGAGGCUUGCAUCUCCUUUUCGGCUUCAACUGUUCUGCUUCUGCACAAUGUAUUUUAAUUGCGCUUUUUUAAUCUGGCUGUCAUUCUGUGAGUAUGAAUGUACG